GGACCGUCCCAGCAGCGCGGCCGGUGGCGGCGCUAUUGCGCUGCUCUCGCGAGAACGCCGCGCUGUGGCGGUGGGGCGGGCGGCGGCUCUCGCGAGAGCUGCGGCGCCGGAGCCAACAUGGCGGAAGAGGAGGUGGCCAAGCUGGAAAAGCACCUGCUGCUCCUCCGCCAGGAGUACGUGAAGCUGCAGAAGAAACUCGUGGAUACAGAAAGGAGGUGCAACGUCCUGGCUGUGGAGGCCAACCAGGACAAUGCCAGCGACACCUUCAUCAGCCGCCUGCUGGCCAUUGUGGCUGAGCUCUACCAGCAGGAGCAGUACAGUGAUCUGAAGAUAAAGGUUGGGGACAAGCACAUCCGUGCUCACAAAUUUGUCCUGGCGGCGCGCAGCGAUUCGUGGAGCCUUGCCAACCUCGCCUCAACAGAGGAGCUGGAUCUGUCAGCAGAUGCUGACCCAGAGGUAACCAUGGCAAUGCUGAGGUGGAUCUACACAGAUGAACUUGAGCUGAGAGAAGAUGAUAUCUUUUUGACAGAGCUCAUGAAAUUAGCUAAUAAAUUUCAGCUCCAGCUGCUUAGGGAAAGAUGUGAAAAAGGAGUGAUGUCACUGGUUAAUGUCAGGAACUGCAUCCGUUUCUACCAGACUGCUGAGGAGCUCAGUGCCAGCACCCUCCUCAACUACUGUGCUGAGAUCAUUGCUAGCCACUGGGAUGACUUGAGGAAAGAAGACUUCAGCAGCAUGAGUGCUCAGCUGUUGUAUAAAAUGUUCAAGUCCAAGACAGAAUACCCCCUGCAUAAGGCCAUUAAAGUGGAGAGAGAAGAUGUAGUCUUUUUGUACCUUAUUGAAAUGGAUUCUCAGCUUCCUGGGAAGCUCAAUGAAUUGGAUCACAAUGGAGAUCUUGCUCUGGAUCUAGCCCUGGCCCAAAGACUGGAGAGUAUUGCAACUACACUGGUCAACUACAAGGCUGAUGUGGAUAGGGCAGACAAGAGAGGCUGGAGUCUGCUCCAUAAAGCCAUCCAGAGAGGAGAUAAAUUUGCUGCAAACUUUCUCAUUAAAAAUGGUGCCCGUGUGAAUGCUGCUACACUGGGAGACCAGGAGACUCCUCUGCACCUUGUGGCAUCCUACAGCCCCAAGAAGCACUCCCCAGAUGUCAUGGCAGAGAUGGCACAGAUUGCACAGGCCCUCCUGCAGGCAGGAGCCAAUCCAAACAUGCAGGACAGCAAAGGCAGGACCCCCUUGCACGUGUCCAUUGUGGUCAGGAAUGAGCCUGUGUUCAGCCAGCUCCUGCAGUGCAAGCAACUAGACUUGGAGCUGAAGGAUCAUGAAGGCAGCACAGCUCUGUGGCUUGCAGUGCAGUAUAUCACUGUGUCCUCUGAUCAGUCUGUGAACCCUUUUGAGGAUGCCCCUGUUGUGAAUGGAACCUCCUUUGAUGAGAACAGUUUUGCAGCAAGGUUGAUCCAGCGAGGCAGCAAUACAGAUGCUCCAGACACAGUAACAGGAAACUGCUUGCUUCAGAGAGCAGCUGGUGCAGGAAAUGAGGCAGCUUCUCUCUUCCUAGCAACUCAUGGAGCAAAAGUCAACCACCAAAACAAAUGGGGAGAAACCCCACUGCACACAGCCUGCAGGCAUGGCCUGGCAAACCUGACAGCAGAGCUCCUGCAGCAAGGAGCCAAUCCCAACAUCCAGACAGCAGAAGCAGUGCCUGGGCAGAAGGAUGCACCUGCUCCUCCAUCAGCAGAGAAUGUUCAUCUGCAAACUCCCCUUCACAUGGCUAUUGCUUACAACCACCCAGAUGUGGUGUCAGUCAUCCUAGAACAAAAAGCUAAUGCUCUUCAUGCUACCAACAACUUGCAAAUCAUUCCUGACUUUAGUCUGAAGGACUCAAGAGACCAGACUGUGCUGGGGUUGGCUCUUUGGACAGGCAUGCACACAAUAGCAGCCCAGCUGCUGGGAUCUGGGGCAUCCAUCAAUGACACCAUGUCAGAUGGACAGACACUCCUGCACAUGGCAAUCCAGAGACAGGACAGUAAGAGUGCCCUCUUCCUGCUGGAACACCAGGCAGAUAUAAAUGUCAGGACCCAGGAUGGACAGACAGCCCUGCAGCUGGCCAUCCAAAACCAGCUCCCACUUGUGGUGGAUGCCAUUUGUACCAGGGGAGCAGACAUGUCUGUGCCUGAUGAGAAAGGAAAUCCUCCCUUGUGGCUUGCCUUGGAAAACAACCUGGAAGACAUUGCAUCAACUCUGGUCAGGCAUGGCUGUGAUGCCACGUGUUGGGGGUCAGGACCCAGUGGCUGCUCACAAACCCUUCUGCACAGAGCCAUUGAUGAGAACAGUGAGCAGAUUGCUUGUUUCCUGAUCCGCAGUGGGUGUGAUGUGAAUAGUCCCAGAAAGCCAGGCCCAAAUGGGGAAGGAGAUGAGGAAGCCCAUGAUGGACAGACACCCCUGCACUUGGCAGCCUGCUGGGGACUGGAGGAGGUGAUCCAGUGCCUUCUGGAGUUUGGUGCCAAUGUCAAUGCUCAGGAUGCAGAAGGAAGAACUCCAAUCCAUGUUGCCAUUAGCAACCAACAUAAUGUUAUCAUUCAGCUGAUGAUUUCACAUCCAGAUAUUAAGCUGAAUGUACGUGACAGGCAAGGAAUGACUCCCUUUGCUUGUGCCAUGACAUACAAAAACAAUAAAGCAGCUGAAGCAAUUUUGAAGAGGGAACCAGGAGCUGCAGAACAGGUGGAUAACAAGGGUCGGAAUUUCCUGCACGUGGCCGUGCAGAACUCGGACAUCGAGAGCGUGCUGUUCCUGAUCAGCGUGCAGGCCAACGUCAACUCGCGCGUGCAGGACGCCUCCAAGCUGACCCCGCUGCACCUGGCAGUGCAGGCUGGCUCCGAGAUCAUCGUGAGGAACCUGCUGCUUGCAGGUGCCCAGGUGAAUGAACUGACCAAGCACCGUCAGACUGCUCUUCACUUAGCAGCCCAGCAAGACCUGCCCACCAUUUGUUCAGUCCUUCUGGAGAAUGGAGUGGACUUUGCAGCUGUGGAUGAAAAUGGAAAUAAUGCUCUGCAUCUGGCAGUGAUGCACGGCCGGCUGAACAACAUCCGGGUCCUCCUCACAGAGUGCAAUGUAGAUGCAGAAGCCUUUAAUAUCAGAGGCCAGUCACCAAUGCAUAUUUUGGGACAAUAUGGGAAAGAUAAUGCAGCAGCCAUCUGUGACCUCUUCUUGGAGUGUAUGCCAGAAUACCCUCUAGACAAACCUGAUGCUGAAGGAAACACAGUGCUCCUCUUGGCUUACAUGAAGGGAAAUGCUAACUUGUGUCGUGCAAUAGUGAGAGCAGGGGCUCGCCUGGGAGUUAACAAUAACCAAGGAGUCAAUAUCUUCAACUAUCAAGUGGCUACAAAGCAGCUUCUCUUUAGAUUGCUGGAUAUGCUGACAAAAGAACCUCCCUGGUGUGAUGGCUCCAACUGCUAUGAGUGUGCUGCCAAAUUUGGAGUCACGACAAGAAAGCAUCACUGCCGACACUGUGGACGCCUGCUCUGCCAUAAGUGCUCAACAAAGGAGAUUCCUAUCAUAAAAUUUGAUCUGAACAAGCCAGUUCGAGUUUGCAACAUCUGCUUUGAUGUCCUGACUCUGGGAGGAGUCUCCUAGUAUGCUGUGGAAGUAAAGGGAUUCCCAGUCAGUGCUCCUGACAGCAGCUCUGCUUACAAGCCCUCUGGAUAGGGAAGAGGGGGCUUACACAUGUCUUCUGCAAUAGACUGAACUAAUUAAGGACCCUGUUAUGAUAUACUCUGGUAUAAAUGAUUUUGUAUGACUGUAAAUGUAUCAGGCUGCGAUAGACUUCACUAGGAAUCAGAGUGGAUUGUUGGAACCAAGUGACAAAAGAAUUGAGACCCUCUUCUAGUUGCAGUGGGGUAUGGAAGCUGAAAUUUGUACUGAUUGAAUCUGCAUAAAACAGGUCUGUCCUCAACAUGGUGCUUUGCACUGAGCAACUCUAUUAAGUCCUGUGGCUUUCAGGCUGCUUAGUAGAGGUGGUAUUAAGUUUCAGGGUAACCAGGUAUCUUUCUUUGCUUUGUCUUAAAGAUAAAUGUUCCCCUUCUCUAGAGAAGACUUUUUGUGAAGCUAAACUGAGCUGUUGCAACCACUGUUCAAGAAACUCUUCAGACCUGGAGGUAGUUCUAAGUAUAGCUCAAGAAUUGUGGCCUUACAACAGAAAGCUUUACAACAUCUGAUGCAAAGCAGUCAGAAUUGCAGAUCCACAUCUUGAUACCUCCUCAGCAAAGGACUCGUUAGCUUUAGCAUGUUCAAGAGAAGUGCAAGAUUGUUUUAGGAAAAUGCUCUUGCUCAUACCUGCUGGAACUGUCAGUCUUCAUUGCACUUUCAUAUUUAUGUUGCUGGUCCUUGCAGUCCAUGGCACUUGUACAAAUGACCAUGAGUUUGCUGAAAGGCUGAGCAUGUGCUAAAGGAGAAACACUAAAAGUGGUGGAGUCUAACUCCCAGUACAGCAAUAAAUGCUGAAGUGCAUUAGGAGUCCCAGGAGGGACAGAAACACUUUCCUGGGGCUUGAGGGGCCUGGUAACUGCUGUGGGAGAGUCAGAAACCCUGCCAAGUGUAGAAUGUGCUGCACCUCUAGACACUAAACCUGGGCCCAUUUUCAGCAGGAUUGCUGGGGAGUGGGAGUGUACAUGGAGGCUUCCUGUUAGGAGUAAGCUGCAGGGUUUUAAUCUAGGCUGGUUGUACUCUCUUCAACAUGCUGAGUCUGUGGAAACCUACCACCACAUAGUCUGGGUAAGCAGGAAAGUACUUGACUGGCAGACCAGCUUGUGAUUUGGUGGGCAAAGGCUUCAGUUAGAAAAAUGGGUACUUAAGCAAAAC